CGCAGGCGCAGUGGCAGGACGACAGACCGUGUGUUUCCAAAAUGGCGGCAGCGAUGGAUGUGGAUACCCCGAGCGGCACCAACAGCGGCGCGGGCAAGAAGCGCUUUGAAGUGAAAAAGUGGAAUGCAGUAGCCCUCUGGGCCUGGGAUAUUGUGGUUGAUAACUGUGCCAUCUGCAGGAACCACAUUAUGGAUCUUUGCAUAGAAUGUCAAGCUAACCAGGCGUCCGCUACUUCUGAAGAGUGCACUGUUGCAUGGGGAGUCUGUAACCAUGCUUUUCACUUCCACUGCAUCUCUCGCUGGCUCAAAACACGGCAGGUGUGUCCGUUGGACAACAGAGAGUGGGAAUUCCAAAAAGCAGAGUUGUCCUGUGAGCACAUCGCUUGGUCACGAGGAAUCCUGGUCCACAGCCUGGUCAUCAAUGGCGGUCUCAGGCAAGUCGUCUCUGCUCCGCCCUUUCCCCUGUAGAACGGCUCUUAAGAACUAAAUGGCAUCAUAUGUGCACAGAAAGAAGCUUUGUAAACUGUAAAACCACUAUACGAAUGUUAACCUUGACCGUGUAUGACAUGUUGCUUUCUCUUCUUGGUUUAGAAAAAUUAACCUGAAAAAAAUCUAAUAUGUAAUUUUGGCUGGCAAAAGAAGAAUUUAUGAACUCAAGUUGAAAAUUGGUGUAUUAAAGUGUCCACUUAAAAUGGAAUUAAAAAGAAUUCAAAUUGCCUUUACCACCACAAUCUUUUGCAGUUUGUUUAAAAUGUCUUGGCCAUGGGGGUGCCUGGCUGGCUCAGUCCGUAGAGCAUGCGACUCUUGAUCUUGGGGUCAUGAGUUCAAGCCCCACAUUGGGUAUAAAGAUUACUUUAAAAAAUAAAUAAAAAGUCUUGGCCAUGGAAGAACUUGCCAGUUCUAAAACUAACUCAGUGGUGAUAUAGUCUUUAACUGAAAAACAGUCUAGUUUACUGUAGUGGUUCUCAAACUAUGGUCGAAGGACUCCUGUGGGCUCCUGGAACCCUAUCAGAAGAUUCACGAAGUUCCUGUUCCACUAUAUGUCUGCAUGAGGCCAGCUUUUCCUUCUGUCCUUCAACCAAAGCAAUGCACUGAAUGAAGAAGCAGGCAGGAGAAGCCAGCUGUCUUCUAUUAGAUGUGAAAGGUUUGCAAAAAUGUAAAACAGUGCCACUCUUUAAUUCUUUUGUUUUGAAGAAUAGUGGCUUUUAAUAAAAAUAUUUAU